AUCGUUGUCAAGAUUAUUGAAUCAGACCCAUCAUUCGAAAGAGUAACAUAUGAACCGACGUUUCUUGAAAUGUUGAACUCUGUUCCAAUUUAUAGCCGAGAAAGUUCAGGGGAUUCUCCUGGUACAAGUAAAAGCUCGACACAAUCAUCGUUAAUUUUGCAGCCACAAAUUAUGAAUGUCCCAGCAACUGUCCAGUCUCCACUUUCUCUAGAGAUUGGAGUUAAGGUAUGUUGCUGUGGAUUAAUGUCUGAAAAUAAUGCACGUAUGGACAGACAUUUAGGUAUAAGUUCAAUAUGUAAAAUUGUUUGUAAAAUUUGUAAUGCCUCAUUUAAAUCAACAAGAGGAGUAUCAAGGCACAUUUGCAAAAAAAAUGAAAAAGCAGUUUUACCCUUUCCAAAGAUAAAAAGAGACUCACAAACAACAUUUGCAAUUAAACUCUGUGGUCAGUUGAGAGUGCCUUCAACAACUGUCAAUACAAUAUUUAGUAUUUCCGCCAAUAUGUUACUUAAUAUUCGGAAGUUAAUAAAAGAAGAGCAUUUUCAUACUUUUGACAAGUAUUUUUCACAAGUGGAUAUCCUUAGUAAUAAAUAUCAAAGAGUAAAAAUUGUUAAAUGA